UUUCUAUCACCUUUUAACACUUUUUAACACUAUUUAUCAUAAAUUAACUUUAAAAAUAUUAUUUCAAAUUCAUUAAAAAUAUUAAAAUUAAAAUAUUAAAAUUAAAAUAAUUUAAAUAAUUUGUGUAUUUUUUAUGUUUUGUGUGAGGAUUCCGGGGUUAGAUUCCUGUUACACACCACACCUGAGCUGUUAGUAAUAAUGAAAAAUGGCGCAAUUUUACUCUCUCUAAUCCUCCCUCUCCUCCAAUCCGUCUCAUGUUAUGUUAUUUCGGAUUCUUUAAAGUCUUUCCAUCCUCUCCAUCACCCCCUCAAUACCAAUACUAACCUAAGUAAACUUAAUACUGUAGUAAAUACUGUAGGGAGUGUUGUGGAGAGAGAGGUUGAAAGUGUUGGAGUAACGGUUCCCGUGACACCUGACACCGUAACCCCUGACACCGUAACGGAACCCCCUGACACCCUAACGGAACCCCGUAAAUUGAGUACUUAUGAGAGAAAACGGAUAAUGCAUAAGAUCUUGCAUGAGCGGAAUAAGAAGUUGAUAUCAGACUUGAUAUCCAAGUGUGACCCUGCGGACUUAAUACCGUACCGCAGCAAAUCCAGGCCUAAAUCUCGUACUCCCAGGACUAGUCAGGUCACACCCUCCGUUACGGACGACACGGAGUUUGAGGACUCUGUAAUCACAUUUGACGACGUGGAGCCGACGCAGAUAAACCACGUGAAGUCUGGCAGUUACGUGUUUUACAAGGGUGAGGUGUACACGGUAGUCUCAAUCCAGCACAUAGCCCAGGCCCGCACUAAAGGACAUUAUAAAGUUAAAAUGCAUCUCCUACACACUAAUAAAGAAAACUCAUUCUCAUUCCCAGACGCGUCCAAACUCACAGUCGUCGUACCAAACAAAGUCAACUGCACUUACUCACACUUUGAUCUCAACUCCAAUCUACACAUCUUUCACAUUAUUCACAACGUUGACAGUGGUAAUUCUCUUCAUUCGGUUAGUCCAGGUGUUACAGGUGAUAACUCGGGUAAAUAUGAUAAUUCCUGUGUGACAGGAUCAGUAGUGGGAGUGAAUAGAAGUUUGAACAUUCCUGCGUUAAAAUAUUUGAAGCCGGGGUUAAAGGUGAGUAUAAGUCGUUGGAAGGAUAAGAUAUUGAGCGUUUACAUACCCUUCCACAUAGAGUACAAAGUGGUUAAAAUUAACACUGGGAACUACGCAGCUACUUUGGAUAACGGACUAGUAGUCCUAGUGCCAACGUACAUUAAAGUCAACGAUCACAUUGAAAUCACCACCAAGGCCGGGGAGUUUCUCAGAAGAACCAAAAUCGCAUAAUCUCAUCUCUAUACUAUUCUCUAUAAAUGAGGGCAUGCUGUUGGAGUUUAUUGUACUAUUUAGUUUACUAGGUGAUGUUUUAUGUGUUUAAUUAGGGCUGGAUAGGGCAAUACAGGGGGAAUAAUACUUAAUUACUGUAUUAUAUUACUCCAGGACUAGUAUACUAUACCUUAAACCCAG